CCCACCCCCAGCACCACCACCACCCCGGUGGGCGGGUCUCUCUGUCCCCUCCUGGAUCCUGGAUGUGGAUCAGAUGAUUCGGACUGUAGCGGACUGAUCUCAGCUCAGACAUGGAGGUGGGUCAGGUUCUCUGUCACCAGGAUCGUCUGCAGCUCAUCUCAGAGAAGAGGAAGUGGCAGACGGAGAUCGAGAACAAGAGACGUCAGCUGGAGGACGACAGGAGAGCUCUGCAGCACCUGAAGUCAAAGGCUCUGAGGGAGCGCUGGCUGCUGGAUGGAGCUGCUGGACCAGACCAGGAUGAAGUCAAGAGACAACUGGACCAGGAUGAGGCCAAGACCAGGAACCUGGAGGAGACUAUCAACAGGUUGGAGAAGGAGCUGGUCAGUCUGGAAACUGGAGCUGUGUGCCAGACCAUAACACACACCACAGUGUCAUCAGGACCAGUUACAGCCGUCGAGGUCAAAGGUCACAGUGUCCAUCACCAGGACAGAGCUGCACCAUCAGGUCUGGUGGUCCAAGCCUUUGCAGAGGUCAAAGUUCACAAAAGUCCUCGAAUGAACAAACCGAGAGACGCAACGGAGGAGAUGAAGAAAGCGAUGUACUCGGUGGAGAUUAAAGUAGAGCGCGACAGGCUGACGGGGGAAACCCGGGUCCUGUCCACUAACACCACACUUCCUGUUGACCUCUCUCACCAAGGUGUCAAAGUUUACGAGGACGAACGAAAAGUGGUCCACGAGAUGAACGGUGAGGAUGGCGUCCACCUGCUCAGCUCCUCUGAGGUCGAGGAGCUCAUCCAGAAAGCCGACGAGGCUUCAAUGAUGUCGCAGACCGUUGCCACGGUCACCUCGCUCCCGACGGCAGAGUUCCAGGAGGAGAUGGGGCCCGAGCCACCGCGGCCCCUGGUUGAGAUCACGGGGCUGGAGGCCAAACCUCGCGGUGAGCCAAGCGUGGACGAGGCCAGUGCCGAGAACCCGGUCACCAUGGUGUUUAUGGGAUACCAGAGUGUGGAGGACGAGGCGGAGACCAAGAAGGUUCUGGGGCUGCAGGGGACAGUGCAGGCCGAGCUGGUCCACAUCGACGAUGCCAAUGGCAAGACCUCGCCAGAGGGAGGAGUGAAAGAGGAGGCCAGCGGUAGAGCCCAGACGGCAGCGCCGCCUCCUCCCGCCUCCGUUGACCCACCACCGACCACCAAACCUCCAGUGGCAAUGCCGGCAAGUAACGGGGAGACGGCGGGGGCGACAGCAGGGGAGACGGCGGGGGAGGUGAAGGGAGGAGUGGUGCAGAUAAAGAAGGAGAAGCAGCCGUGUAAGUGCUGCAGCAUCAUGUGAUCCUGCGGGGGGCGCUGCUUCAUGUUAUACAGUCAUAAGGAGACUUUCCAGGACAAAAAACGACAUGAACUAAACUCCACCCACUCCCCUAAACCCCACCUCUAACAACAUGACAUCACUUCCUGUUCUUGUUGCUUCAUUCUCAUCUGUUUUAUAAAACCUCUCUUUACUUUUUCUAUUUUCUUGAAGCCUUUUUACUUUUGUACUCCUUUGUGUUUCAUGUUGUGACACAUGAUGCGCCUGACUAGCAUUAGCAUUAGCAUUAGCAUUAGCAGAGGUGAGAUGUGUAUGAUUAACCUGCUCUCUCUCUCUCUCUCUCUCUCUCUCCCUCAUAUAAACAAGUGCAUUAACUGUAGACUUGUAUUUAUUAGAGUUUCAGUGAAAACUCUUUUAUAACAGAGAAAAUAAAGGCACCUGAGCAACAGAUUGACUCACUGACAACAACCUGA